UGCAAUUGUUCUGCCACAAGAUGCCUUCUUCCACCACAGACCGCCAAAUCAUCCUCAUCACAGGUACCAACGAUGGUAUUGGCUUCGACACUGCGACACUGCUCGCGUCUGUCUCUCCUCGAAACCACGUCAUCGUUGGUUCCUCUAACACCGCAAAGGGCAGUGCCGCACUCAAGCAAAUUCAAGACAGGAAACCCAAGGGUACUGCCAGUCUCGUACAGCUUGAUGCAGACAAUGAAAAUUCUAUCAAUGCGGCAGUGAAGCACAUUGGACAAGAAUUCGGCCGCCUCGACGUUCUCACCAACAACGCUGGGAUUGCCCUGGAGACGUACGAUGGCCAAUGGCAUUCUCGCGACCAACUUCGCGCCGAGUUCGAGACCGAUAUCUUCGGUCCUACGAUUCUGAGUGCUGCUCUCCUCCCACUUAUGAGGCAGUCAAAAUCACCCAAGAUCAUCAACGUCUUAUCGGACUUGGGCAGUAUCUCCCGCUGCGUUGCUACAUCUGAUAAUGAUCCUUCUGGUGCUAUUGUACGCGUACCUGGAUAUCGCAUGACCAAGUCUGCGCUCAAUAUGCUUACUGCUUAUUAGUACCAGCAGCUCAACAAGGAAGGCUUCAAGGUUUGGAGCUUUUGCCCUGGUUUCGUCAUCACAGACCUUGCGAAGGAUAGGGAGGCGCGGAAUAACAUGGCAAGCUGUGAUAGCUCGGAGACAAGCGUACAGGGUAUCCUGGAAAUCAUUGAAGGGCAGAGGGACGGAGAGGCUGGCAUGUUCCUCCAGAGGUACGGAAAGCGCUACGACUGGUACAUAAUGCCGAGUAGAAUCCUG